AUGGUAUAUGGGGGGAAGCCAAGCACCGGAUGUUACCUGUGUCGCAAGCGCAAGAUCAAGUGCGAUGAAGCACUCCCCGGAUGUCGCAAUUGCACUAUCUACGGGCGUCCAUGCCCUGGAUACCGGCCUGAUGCGGUCUUCCGCAACGAGACUGAGAAAGUUGAGCAACUAGUCAAAAAAUCGAGAAGCUCCUCGGCAGACAGUAGCCGAAGCCAAGUCCAGAGCCAGAAAGCAGUAGUAAACCAGCACUCUGGGGCUCUUGUGUCCCAACACAGGCCUAGCCCCAGCCCAUCCGAGGCUGGGUCUUCGCUGACGCUGUACUCCGUCGCGGACGCGACGUGGGAACAGCGCGCCGUGUGCUAUUUCUUCGACCAGUACACCAUCGGGGAGGACGAAAAUGAAGGCAUGAGCCAUCUUGAGUUCCUGCCUGCAUUGUACGCUCGCUGCGGCGAGGUGGACAACCAUGACACUUUGUCAUCUGAGUGUUUGCGCUGGGCGGUGGAUGCUACGGCGCUGGUGGCUCUCGCGAACACAACAAAUGCAGCCCCAUUAACGAUCAAGGCGCGGCAAGGUUAUGGUAGAGCUCUGCGUGGUCUCCGGCAUGCUUUGUCGUCGCCGACUCAAGCGAUCAAGGACGAGACCUUUGCGGUUGUGGUUCUUCUCUCGCUCUAUGAGGAUAUUGCGGGUGAACGGAACGGACUGUUCAGCUCGCAUACGGCUGGCUUUGAGCUGCUAAUGAAGUUGCGAGGGCAGGACCAGCUCUUUCAUCGGCAAGGCCGCGAUUUGUUCAAGUUUGCCUACACCCAUACGUAUGUUGAGGUCCUUGCACUUGGAGACAAACCCCGGUUCAAUACCGAAUGGGUCCUGGGUCUCUUAGACAGCAACGAUCCCAUCCAGAGCCUGAUGACUUCUGCAUCGAAGAUCACCAAGGUCUUCAUGGCAAUGUAUGCAGCGUCAAGCCCACCGGACCAGGAAACGGUCAAGCAAUGGAUUGCCGCGGCCCGGGACUGCGAUGUCGAACUAUCCCAAUGGGGCGAGCAUCUACCUGACCGCUGGCUACCGCUGAUCUGCUACUCAGCAAAGGGCGAACCCCUGAUCACCUACAAUCGCAUCUCAAACUCCGUGGUCUGGAACCACUACCGCGCUGCGCGCGUUCUGUCCCAACAGCUUCUGCUCACUCUCAUCACGAUGAGUGACGACUGCAAUCCUCCAUCUGGAUCCGCCCUCGACACAUCCAGUCUGCGCGCUGUUAUCCAAGACAUGACUACCGACCUCUGCCGCAGCAUCCCUUUCUCUUUGGGGGAUGUUGAUUCCCUCGGCCGUCCGACCCCAGGCGACGAGGCUCAUACGGCCCAGACCCGUCUAGGCGGGUACGGCAUGCUCUGGCCGCUCUGGUACGUGCUGUGCUAUGGCUUGCCUACCCCUGCGCAGGUCACCCAGAUCCGCCACGUGCUUGCGCGUGUCGGGUCCACCAUGGGAAUCAAAUUGGCGUUGCUCCUGGCGCGCGAGGCUGCGCGUUUGCAUGGCGAGGAUGUCACAUCGGAAGGACCAUGA